AUGGCGGAGCGGAAGAUUUCCUAUGCUGCCGACGUCGAGAAUGGUGACCAUUCUCGUCCCACCGACUUGAACGAAGGCGCUGGCCUUGACGAAUAUGGCGCCCUCAACCGCUACAUUUCGACCGCUCGCGACAACCGUCGUGGCUCGACUUCUAGUGCUGGUGCUCUGAGCACGAAGCAGCAGAAGAAGCCCUGGUGGAAGUUCGGCAAGGGUGGUGGUGACGAUGGCGAGGAGGGCUUUGUGUGCCCCGAGGACUGGCUCGAGACCGACCUCAACGGUAUUCCCGGCAGCCAGGUUGAGCCUCGCCGCAAGCGUGCUGGCUGGAACGAAUUGACUACCGAGAAGACCAACUUCUUCGUUCAGUUCAUUGGUUACUUCCGUGGUCCUAUUCUCUAUGUUAUGGAAUUGGCUGUUCUCCUCGCUGCUGGUCUUCGUGACUGGAUCGAUCUCGGUGUUAUUAUCGGUAUUCUUAUGCUCAACGCUGUCGUCGGUUGGUACCAGGAAAAGCAGGCCGCCGAUGUUGUUGCUUCUCUCAAGGGUGACAUUGCCAUGAAGGCUAUUGUCAAGCGUGAUGGUCAGGAGCAGGAGAUCCUUGCCCGUGAACUUGUUACUGGUGAUAUCGUCAUCAUCGAGGAAGGUACUAUUGUCCCUGCUGAUGUUCGCCUUAUCUGUGACUACGACAAGCCCGAGAGCUACGAGACCUACAAGGAAUACCUCGCCUCUGCCAACGAUGACACCCUCAAGGAGAAGGACGAUGAUGAUGAGGAUGGAGGAAUCGAGGCCCGCCUCGGUGUUUCCCUCGUUGCCGUCGACCAGUCCGCCAUCACUGGUGAAUCUCUCGCUGUCGACAAGUACAUGGCCGACACCUGUUACUACACCACUGGCUGCAAGCGUGGAAAGGCCUACGGUAUCGUCACUGCUACCGCCAAGCACUCCUUCGUCGGUAAGACCGCUGCUCUCGUGCAGGGUGCCCAGGACCAGGGUCACUUCAAGGCUGUCAUGGACAACAUCGGUACCUCUCUGCUCGUUCUCGUCAUGUUCUGGAUUCUCGCUGCCUGGAUUGGUGGUUUCUACCGUCACCUCAAGAUCGCUACUCCCGAGCACUCUGACAACACUCUCCUUCACUGGACUUUGAUUCUUCUCAUCAUCGGUGUCCCCGUCGGUCUUCCCGUCGUUACCACAACCACUCUCGCUGUCGGUGCUGCCUACCUCGCUGAGCAGAAGGCUAUUGUCCAGAAACUCACCGCCAUUGAGUCUCUUGCUGGUGUCGACAUCCUCUGCUCUGACAAGACCGGUACCCUCACUGCCAACCAGCUUUCCAUUCGUGAACCCUACGUCAACGAAGGUGUGGAUGUGAACUGGAUGAUGGCUGUCGCUGCCAUUGCUUCCAACCACAACGUCAAGAACCUCGACCCCAUCGACAAGGUUACGAUCCUUACUCUCCGCCGCUACCCCAAGGCGCGUGAAAUUCUUGCUCGGAACUGGGUUACCGAGAAGUACACUCCUUUCGAUCCUGUCUCUAAGCGUAUUACUACCAUCUGUACCUGCGACGGUGUCCGCUACACCUGUGCCAAGGGUGCCCCCAAGGCUAUCCUCGCCAUGUCUGAGUGCUCCCAGGAUGAGGCUCAGAAGUUCCGUGAGAAGGCUUCCGAGUUUGCUCGCCGUGGUUUCCGUUCUCUUGGUGUCGCCGUCCAGAAGGAGGGUGAGCCCUGGCAAUUGCUCGGCAUGUACCCCAUGUUCGACCCCCCUCGUGAGGACACUGCCCACACCAUUGCCGAAGCCCAGCACCUCGGUCUUUCCGUCAAGAUGUUGACUGGUGAUGCUCUCGCCAUUGCCAAGGAAACUUGCAAGAUGCUUGCUCUCAGCACCAAGGUUUACGACUCUGAGCGCCUGAUCCACGGUGGUCUCGCCGGCUCUGCCCAGCACGACCUUGUUGAGAAGGCCGAUGGUUUCGCCGAAGUUUUCCCCGAGCACAAGUACCAGGUUGUCGAGAUGCUCCAGCAGCGUGGUCACUUGACUGCCAUGACUGGUGACGGUGUCAACGAUGCUCCUUCCCUCAAGAAGGCUGACUGUGGUAUUGCUGUCGAAGGUUCCACCGAAGCCGCCCAGGCCGCUGCCGAUAUCGUUUUCCUCGCUCCCGGUCUCAGCACCAUCGUUGAUGCUAUCAAGCUUGCCCGUCAGAUCUUCCAGCGUAUGAAGGCCUACAUCCAGUACCGUAUUGCUCUGUGUAUCCACCUUGAGCUUUACCUCGUCACCUCCAUGAUCAUCAUCAACGAGACCAUCAAGGCCGAUCUGAUUGUCUUCAUCGCUCUGUUCGCUGAUUUGGCUACCAUCGCCGUUGCUUACGACAACGCUCACUUCGAGCAGCGUCCUGUCGAAUGGCAGUUGCCCAAGAUCUGGGUCAUCUCCGUCGUUCUUGGUGUUCUCCUUGCUGCCGGUACCUGGAUCAUGCGUGCUUCCCUCUUCCUUGAGAACGGUGGUAUCAUCCAGAACUUCGGUUCUCCCCAGCCUAUGCUCUUCUUGGAAGUCUCUCUCACUGAGAACUGGCUCAUCUUCGUCACCCGUGGUGGUAAGACCUGGCCCUCGUGGCAGCUGGUUGGUGCCAUCUUCGUUGUCGAUGUCCUCGCCACCCUCUUCUGUGUCUUCGGCUGGCUCGCCGGUGACUACGUUGAGACUAGCCCCCCUAGCCAGGCUACUUUCUCUACCAACAACGACACUGACAUUGUUACCGUCGUUGUCAUCUGGGCUUACUCCAUUGGUGUCACGAUCAUUAUUGCCGUGGUCUACUACCUCCUCACCAUCAUCCCCGGCCUUGACAACCUCGGUCGCAAGAACCGCUCCGUUGUUGACACGAAGGUCGAGAACCUGCUUAACCACCUCUCUAAGCUGGCUAUCGAACACGAAGUUGAUGCUCACGGCAAGUCACGAUACACCCUUGGCGCCCGCACUGAGGCCGAAGAGGACGAUGAGUAA